AGUUUCAGAAAAAGGACAGUAAAAACAAACAGGAUAGCCAAAAUUAGUACACAAAUAAUUGAGUAAAAAGAACAAUGAAAUAGAAAGAAAAAAAGAUGAAGAGUAGGUGCAGUUAGAGAGCAUCAUAGGUGUAUGUAUUAGGUAGUAGUAGGGUGUUGGAGAUGGAAAAAGGAACAAUGUUGAUUCAUCUAAAAAGCUAUCUUUUAUUGGUUCAGCUUUAAUGCAUAAAAGUAACAGAACCAUAUUCAGAAGAAAGAAAGAUGAAUUAUUCGAUUUCUUUUUACGAGUCACACAAUCACAAACUUUUUCUUUGAUUUAGGGAGUUGUAAGCUGAAGAGAGAAAUAGUAAGCAUUUCCAUGUAGCUGAGAAAAUAGAAAUUAAGAAUACACACACAUUGAAGAAAUUUAGCAGAAGAAGAAGUUGAUAUAUUUGUUAUAACUAUAAGGGAUGGGAAGAUUAACUAGGAAUGCAUUCAAGAGUGUGUCAGAUAUUUUAGGACACUGAACUGAAGUAUCUAUCUUUUUUAAGGACAAGUCGCUCAUAGGGAGGGACAGAUGAAUGAAUGAACAUUGAACAUACAUAUAAUUUCACUGUGGGCCUCUUCUGUUUCACUUCUCUUCUUUUUCUGAGUUCCAUGGACAAUUUUGGGUCUUUCACUUUCCACCACUUCUUCUUUUACAACUUUUGAACUGCUUUACCUUUCAAGAAUUUGAUUCUUCCAAGGUUAAUUUUCACACUUCAACUUGCACUAGUAUUCUUCCAAGUCCUCAAACACUACAACCAAUGGGUAGAACCAUAAGGUGGUUCAAGAGUUUGUUUGGGAUAAAGAAAGACAGAGAUAAUUCAAACUCAAAUUCUUCAAGUACCAAAUGGAAUCCUUCUCUUCCUCAUCCUCCUUCUCAAGAUUUCUCAAAGAGAGAUUCGAGAGGCUUGUGUCAUAAUCCAGCUACCAUACCUCCCAACAUUUCACCUGCAGAAGCUGCUUGGGUUCAAUCCUUCUACUCAGAAACUGAGAAGGAGCAAAACAAGCACGCCAUUGCGGUAGCAGCUGCAACAGCAGCAGCCGCAGAUGCUGCUGUGGCAGCUGCUCAAGCUGCCGUGGCUGUGGUUAGAUUAACCAGCCACGGCAGAGACACCAUGUUUGGUGGUGGACACCAGAAAUUUGCUGCUGUCAAGAUUCAAACAACAUUUAGGGGUUACUUGGCAAGAAAAGCACUAAGAGCCUUAAAGGGAUUGGUAAAGUUACAAGCACUAGUGAGAGGGUACUUAGUGAGGAAGCAAGCAACAGCAACAUUACACAGUAUGCAAGCUCUAAUUAGAGCACAAGCAACAGUAAGGUCUCAUAAAUCUCGUGGACUCAUCAUAAGCACAAAGAAUGAAACAAAUAACAGAUUUCAAACACAAGCUAGAAGAUCCACGGAAAGGUAUAAUCACAAUGAGAGUAACAGGAACGAGUACACAGCUUCAAUUCCUAUUCACAGCAGAAGAUUAUCAUCAUCUUUUGAUGCUACAAUGAACAGUUAUGAUAUUGGAAGUCCAAAAAUAGUAGAAGUUGAUACUGGAAGACCAAAAUCAAGGUCUAGAAGAAGCAAUACAUCAAUUUCAGAUUUUGGAGAUGACCCUUCAUUUCAAACACUUUCUUCUCCACUUCAAGUUACUCCAUCUCAGUUAUACAUUCCAAAUCAAAGAAAUUAUAACGAAUCAGAUUGGGGAAUAACAGGUGAAGAAUGCAGAUUUUCAACUGCACAGAGCACUCCACGUUUCACAAGUUCAUGUAGUUGUGGAUUUGUUGCACCUUCCACACCUAAAACAAUUUGUGGAGAUAGUUUUUACAUUGGUGAUUAUGGUAAUUAUCCUAAUUACAUGGCUAAUACACAGUCUUUUAAGGCUAAAUUGAGGUCUCAUAGUGCUCCAAAGCAACGACCUGAACCAGGUCCGAAGAAGAGGCUUUCAUUGAAUGAAUUGAUGGAAUCUAGAAACAGUUUGAGUGGAGUUAGAAUGCAGAGGUCUUGUUCACAGAUUCAGGAUGCUAUUAAUUUUAAGAAUGCUGUGAUGAGUAAACUUGAUAAGUCCACUGAUUUUGAUAGAAACUUUUCAAAGCAGAGGAGGUUGUGAUCCGAGGAGCAAUGCCGUGUGUCCGGUGUCCAUGUCAGAGUCCAUGCUUCAAAGUGGUGAUUGAUUAGUGAGUUUAAGAAGCAUUUAUGAGAGCGCUAGUAAAUUGAUUGGUAAUUUGCAGACAUAUAGUGGGUAGGGAACAGGUAAGUGAAGACAAAAUUGAAGGAUAAUUAAUAACAAUGAUAAACUACAAGUUUGGUGAUGGAAUUUGUUUCCGUACAUUUUCAUUCAUUAUUAUAGUCAAAUGUAAGAGUAGUUAACUUCAAUCGUUUUCUAUAUUUAUUUUCAUAACAGUUCUACUUCUUUUA